CUGGGGAACUUUUCACAGAAUGACAGUACGGAGACGACAAUAGUCAACAAUCACACAAAAGCUAUUGGCAGUUCAUCUUCUUCCGAAUCCAGUAAAGAGGAAAUUGAAGUGGAGUUGACGACAGAUGCUGCGUACUCGGACGACACUACCGAGGACGACGCUGAUGAUGAUUGCCGAGAUUUCCCAUGGAAACAUUUCAGGUUACCCCGAGACGUUGUGCCGACCUCUUACAAUCUGACCAUCCAUCCGAACAUCACGACGAACAACAUGACAGGAAGUUUAGCGAUCGAUAUCCAGGCACUGAACACGACCAAACUGAUAGUACUACAUGCUGACAACCUUAUUCUGACCACAUUCAGCAUGAGUGUCAAUGCGAAACGAAUGGAAGCGGAAUUUGUA